AUGGCAGUGUCGACGUUUUCGAGCCCCUCGCCUGUCGCCGGCAUCGCUGAACCACUAGCAUCAUUCUCCGCCACAAUCGGCUGGAAGCAAGCGUACGCCAAACUCGUCCCGACCUCUUCAAUCUUUUACCCUUCAUCGCUUUAUCGUCACUACUUGAUUUUUCUCACCGUGUCUGGUAUUUUCGAUUCGGUGGUUUAUCGACAGGUUGAGAUAUCGGAGGACGAAGAAGCAUAG